AUGGAUUUCUCUAAUCCACAGAAUCCGCUCAUCUUCUCCCACCCCCUCGGAACCUUCACCCGCACCACCCCAAUCCAAUGGACGCCCGCUCAAGUCUCCCGCAUCACGCACUUCUUCUUCACGCCACGCGUCCAGCAGCACUUGUUUGAGUUCCAAAGAGAGCAGCAGCAAUCAAACAACGGCUCCUCGCCCUUUACCCACUUCUCUAUUCCCGACAGCCUCUUUUCGGAGCUGGGAUUCGCGACCCUUUCUUCGCAAACCACCAAUUUCAGCGGCGAGAAUGUGGCCGAGAUGGUGAAGGACAAGAUCCGGGAUGCGAUGAGCGCUUUGUUGGAGCGCUUAAGAGAGAAUGAAAAUCCGGGUGCGGAUGUUGAUAUGAAAUCAGAGCCAAGUGCAUCGAGAGUUCCAAAACAUGCGAAUGUCAAUACAGGCAUGGCAGAACCUGCUCAACGCACCAGCAGCAGCAGCAAAGGCGAAGGCAAUAGCAGCGGCGGCAGCGGACUGCUCGAGCAGCUUCGUCGCAGUAUCAAGAGCACUGCUAGCCCCGAUCCUAGUCUCGAUCCCAAUGCCGGCCACGGUCAUGGUCCCAGUCCCUCCUCGUCAAAGUUGAGAUUCAUGCAUUCCGUCAGCGAGCCCGUCGGUCCGGCUGGAUAUUUCUCACCCCUUUCAAAGCUGAACUUCAUGCCUCCUAGCUUUGCAACGGAUAAGAAGACCAGCGUCGACGACAUCGAUCAGCUUAUAAGCUCGUCGAAACCUGCCACACAGCCACGCAUCAAGAAGGAGGAGGAUCAGCAAGGUGGCCGCAGCAGCAUGACUAGUGUCGAUGAGCCGGGCCGUAGCGGUAACAAGGAGAGCAGCAUGGACUUCGAGAUGAUGUAUCCCGGCUAUCCACUUUCGAGCACGUCGCACGUUUGGAAGAAGGAGGAGAGCAAGGGAGCCGAUGACUUUCCUUAUCAUCUCUUCCCUGGCUAUGGUGGUAGUGAAGUUGGACCUGGACCUGGAGCUGAAGCUGGUCGUGCCGAGACUGUCACUUCUACGCAGCUUAUUCCAGAGAUCAAAGGCAAAGGCAAGAUGAAGGAGAGAGGUGAAGAAAAGGAGGAAGAGGAGGACGGUGGGGAUGGAAAUUGGGAUGGGGAUGAAGACGAGGUGGACACUCCACCACCACCAGCAGCAGCUUCAGCUUCAGCUUCGAAACAGUCGAAAGAGACGGCGAGAAAGGCCAAGGCUGUCCAGGCCGGCAUCGAGGCGUACCGGCGUCAAUCCAACCUCCGAUCAUCGGAAGCCGCCGACACUAGUGCGAAGACUAGGUCUGGCACCCCUUUCCGAUCGACAGCUACGCCAAAGGUAUCCCACGCAGCUCAUACCAAGGUGUUGCAUACAUCGACGGGAGACGCCGAAGCUGUUGCUGCUGCACAACAUAAGAUGCAGGACGGCAAUGAGGUUGUUGAUCCGAUGGCGAUGUAUGCUCGAUUUCUCGCUCGAGAGAAGGAGCUUGACAAGCAGGUCAAUGCACUGUCUCUUCUGUUAGGGGAAGUAGAGCUGACGGAGUCAAAAAAGGUUCAGGAGUAG